AACCAACUUCGGGUCCAACACUCCAACCAGACACGAGCGCAUGUGUCGAUACAAACCCUAACACACCCUACUCCCAAUUCCCAAACCCCCGCCGCCGCCAAUGAUGGCAUCCACCACCAGCAGCCGCCUCCGCCGCGAGGCCGCGGUCCGCGCGGUGGCCGCGGUCCUACGGUGGCUCCAGCGCCACCCGACCCCGGCGCCGGAGCCCAUAUACCUCAUCGUCACCCUCAAGCGCGCCCCCGUCCGGCGCUUCGAGCACCGCCUCCGCCUCCCGCACUCCCCCUUCCCCUCCAUCUCCCUCGUCACCGACCGCCUUCCCGCCGACCUCCCCAAUGACGUCGACCCGCUCCCUGCUUCCGCGCUCCGGUCCCUCCCCGCCGGGGCGCGGCGCGGCCUGGUUCUCGUCGACCGCCGCCUCAGGGUCCCCAGCGGCAACGGCAAGGCGGCAGCCAAGGGCGGCAGGCCCGUGCCCGUGGACCUCGCCGACCCGGCGUGGGCGGAGUCCGCGAGGGAGGCGGCCCGCUGCGUGGAGCUGCGGGUGGAGGGCGGGACGUGCCGCGCCGUGCGCGUGGGCCACGCGGCGAUGACGCUGGAGGAGGCGGUGGAGAACGUGGUGGCCGCGGUGGAGGCGGCCGCCGCGUGCGUGCCGAGGAAGUGGAGGAACGUGCGGGCGCUGCACGUCAAGUCCCCCGAGUCGGUCGCUCUGCCGCUCUACUCCGCGCCCGGCACCGGCGGCGAUGACCACGACUGCGACGGCAAUCCGGAGGCGUGGAAGCGGGCCGGCGCGGCCGAGGAGCAGGGGAGGGUGAAGAAGAGGAAGAAGAGUGGCGUGGGUUGUAAUUAGGUGCAUUGGUCGGUUGUUCGUUGCCUGUGCACUUUUGAUUCGUCAAAUUCAAAUGCAUCGCUAGAAACAAUUUCUUUCUCCUUCUGAGUUGUAAGAGCAAGAACAACAAUUUGCAGUAUACUAGAUAAAUGCCCUUGCGAUGCUAUGAGAAUUCAUUUGCACCUUA